AGGAGAUGUAAUUUAUUAAACAUACCUUUAUGGCUUCCUGCCAGAUUACAUAUCUCAAUUUGAGAGACAACUUGCGCCUUUUCUAGUUUUCACUUGCCUUGCCCGCAUUAGCACCAGGAAUCCAAUUACACAAGUGAAUCGGAAUUGCUUGAUGCUGAAGUGACGGACGGACAGAGAAAGCUCAAAAGAGUUAAAGGGCGCUGGAAUUACCCCAAUGGCUGCCUGCCAUUCCUUUCGAGGGGAUAAUGGGGGAAUCAAAGCAAAGCCAACACCAAGCACAAGAUUUGGUUGUUGUUGUCAACAUAUCGUCUUCCACAUACUCUGCCAAAAUCCAAAUCCCACCGCCAAAUCCAAGCCAGUCGUACCCUAUAGCUCUCUAUAGCAAAUUAGCAGUCUGUAUAGUCUCUUCUUCUUGUUCUUUCUAACGUUAUCAUCGUUUAUCCGGGGGAAAGAGCUCCGAAAAUGGCAUUAAUGGUGUCCCCGCCCCCAACAAAAUCGAAACCCGCCUCCCCCUACGAAAUUGGGCAUAACCCAUUUCCCAAAACCCUCAAUUUCAGCCGAAUUAUAAAACCCAUUUCUCAAGCUCGAAACUUUACCUCUACCGUCGUACGGUUUUCUUCCCACAAGAAUCCUGCCGCCAGGUUAGUAUCUGCAUCCGCCAAUUCCGACAUCGCCGGCGGUGGGGAGGUUGGGGAUUUUGGCGGGGGAGGGGACAGGAGAAGAAUUCUGUUGUCGGACGUGGUGGUGACGAGGGAGAGAAAAUUGUUCGGUGGCCGGAAAUGGAAUUCGCUGGAUGUAUCGACGGCGGUCGUCGUGGUUGCUAUGCAUUUGCUUGCUCUACCGGCGCCUUUCUGUUUCAGCUGGCCGGCCUUCUACGUCGCCGUUUCGCUCUACAUUAUCACCGGACUCUUCGGUAUCACUCUCUCCUUCCACAGAAACCUCUCCCACCGAAGCUUCAAGCUCCCCAAGUGGCUCGAGUACUUGUUCGCUUACUGUGGCGUGCACGCCCUUCAGGGGAAUCCGAUAGAUUGGGUGAGCACGCAUAGAUACCACCAUCAAUUCUGCGAUUCAGAGAGAGACCCACAUAGUCCACUUGAAGGGUUCUGGUUCAGUCAUAUGAGUUGGCUCUUUGACACCAACUCUGUUGCAGAAAGGUGUGGAGGAACUAACAAUGUUGGGGAUUUGGAAAGUCAAUCCUUUUAUCAGUUGGUGAAAGCUACUUAUGUUUUGCAUCCAAUUGCUCUUGCUGCCUUGCUCUAUGCAGCUGGUGGUUUCCCUUUUCUGGUCUGGGGAAUGGGCGUGAGGAUAGUUUGGGUAUACCACAUCACAUGGCUGGUCAACUCAGCUUGCCAUGUCUGGGGAAGCCAGGACUGGAAGACUGGUGACUUGUCCAGGAACAACUGGUGGGUUGCAGUGCUAGCAUUUGGGGAGGGUUGGCACAACAAUCAUCAUGCUUUUGAGUACUCGGCCAGGCAUGGCCUGAAAUGGUGGCAGAUCGACAUGACUUGGUAUGUUGUUAGGUUUCUUCAAGCUGUGCGAUUGGCCGUCGAUGUGAAGCUGCCGACAGAGGUUCAAAAGAGGAAGAUGGGCUUUGAAAGUUAGAAGCCAAUGCAUGCAUUUUUUGCAGUGUUGUACUUGUCCACACUCUGUUUCUCUGUUCUUUUCGCGGGUGAAAGGAUGUGUAGUACUGGUAAACUCUAGAGGAAACUUCUAAUUAAAUUAAACUAUUAAUUAACUCUUUAAAAGAACUAGCGUGGCCCCGGCCAUUUGGCCGGAGGAAUGCGAGGUAUGAAAUUUGAUAAUGUAAUAGGGUGUAUGGCUUAUUGUUGUAUAGUUUUUUUUGGGAAACAUGGGAUAAAAAUAGUGAAUUUUAGUAGGAAAGAGACAUGAAUGAUACAACGAAUCAAAAAUCAGUCUUAUGAACCAAAAUCAAG